UUUAAACAAAAAAUGUUAAUUAUAUCAAUAUUGAGAAAUCCAGAUCUUAAAUUUAAUCAUUGGAAUACAAUUGAAAACAUACUUCAGACAAAAUUUCCAACUCAACAGCCUCUUACUUUAAGUAUACUUGAAGACGAAGAUGCAUUUAAUUAUGGUACUGAAUUAACGGAAGUUUCUGGACAGGCAAGCUCAGAGGCAGCUCUAUUGGCGAUGUUGAAAAAAAUUGAAGAUUCUUGGAAGCUUAUAGAUUUAAUUGUAAUUCCUUAUAAAAACAUGCCUGGUGUUUUUAUACUUGGUUCAUUGGAACAAGUUCAAUUAACAUUAGAAGAAGCAAACAUAAAUAUAAACACUUUAAUAACAGCAAAGCAUGUAAAAAUAAUCAAAAAUAGAGUUGAAGAAUGGAAAGCUUCUAUGGAUCUUAUGGAUGAUAUCUUAACGGAAUGGACAUUAUGUCAGAAAAAUUGGAUUUAUUUAGAGUCUAUAUUUGCGGCUCCAGACAUCCAAACGCAACUUCCAGUUGAAGCUAAAUUAUUUAAUGAAGUAGAUAGUUCUUGGAAAACGAUAAUGCAAAAUGCCGACAAAAAUCCAUUGGCUUUAAGUGCAUGUACUCAGCCUGGUCUAUUAGAAGCUCUUAAAAAAAACAAUAGACAGUUAGAAGAAAUCUUAAUGUACUUAGAAGCGUACUUAGAAACAAAACGUGUAGUGUUCCCGAGAUUUUAUUUUUUGUCGAACGACGAGCUUAUUGAAAUAAUUACUCAAACGCGGAAUACUAGAGCUGUACAACCAUAUAUGGGUAAAUGUUUUGAUGCAAUUUGGAGAGUACAGUUUGAAAAAGAUGAUGAAGAAGGAAACCCAUUACAAAUAAUAAAAGGACAAGAUGAUUCACCGACCAACAUUAUUGCGAUGAUAUCUCCCGAAAGGGAAGUUGUAAAAUUCUUGUCGCAGGUUAAAGCACGAGGGAAUGUUGAAUUUUGGUUAUCUAAGGUAGAAACAGAAAUGACGAAUUCACUUCGAUCACUUAUGUUUAUGGCUAUUGAAGAUUAUGAUAACCAUCUAAGAGAAGAAUGGGUUUUAUUACACGCUUCUCAGAUAGUCCUGACAGUCUCCCAGUUGAUGUGGUGUCGUGAUGUGCAUUACAUUCUUAAACUUGAUUCCAACGUACAAACAGCUUUAGUUGAAUUUGAGCAAAAAUGUUUUAAAGAUCUUAAUAAUUUAGCGGCUAUGGUCCGAGGACAUUUAACCAAACUUCAACGUUCGGUUAUAUGUGCAUUGAUUACUAUCGAUGUCCAUGCUAGAGAUAUAAUAUCUACAAUGGUCGUUCGGGAAGUAAACAGUGAUUUAGACUUCGAAUGGCUAAAACAACUACGUUAUUAUUGGGAUUCUGUGGACAGUUGUGUUGCAUACAUGGCAAAUGCUCGCUGGUUAUAUGCAUUCGAAUACCUUGGUUCUUCUCCUCGAUUAGUAAUCACACCAUUAACCGACAAAUGUUACUUGUGCUUGCUGGGUGCAUUACAAUUAAAUUUAGGUGGUGCACCUGCUGGGCCAGCUGGUACUGGUAAAACUGAAACAACUAAGGACCUUGCUAAAGCAUUAGCUACACAAUGCGUUGUGUUCAAUUGUUCUGACGGACUAGAUUUCAAGAUGAUGGGUAAAUUCUUCGCUGGCUUAGCUCAAUCUGGAGCUUGGUGUUGUUUUGAUGAAUUUAAUCGCAUAGAGCUCGAAGUAUUGUCGGUUAUUGCGCAGCAGUUAAUUACUAUAAUGAAUGCAAAGUUGAAUAAUGUCAACCAAUUCAUGUUCGAAGGCCGGAAGAUAAGACUUAUAAAGACUUGUGCAGCAUUUAUAACAAUGAACCCUGGGUAUGCAGGGAGAAGCGAAUUACCAGAUAAUUUACAAGCUUUAUUUAGACCCAUGGCAAUGAUGGUACCUAACUAUGGCUUGAUUGCCGAAGUUAUAUUGUAUUCUGAAGGAUUUGAAUCAUCAAAAAUGUUGUCUCAAAAAAUGGUCAACAUGUAUAAAUUGUGUAGCGAACAACUAUCUAUUCAGGAUCACUACGAUUUUGGAAUGAGAGCUGUGAAAAGCGUUCUAGUAAUGGCAGGUUCUUUAAAACGCGAAAACCCAUUCAUUAAUGAAAAUUUGGUUUUAAUUAGAGCACUGAGAGAUAGUAAUUUACCUAAAUUCUUAAAGGACGACGCUGUGUUAUUCCAGGGUAUAUUGAAUGAUCUUUUCCCUGGUGUUAUCUUACCUGAACAAGAUUAUGGGAUGUUUCUCUCUACUACUAAAACGAUUAUGGAAAAUGAAGGGUAUCAAAUCGAAGAAUGUAUUUAUGUUAAAGUUAUACAGUUAUUAGAGACAAUAAUUGUCAGGCAUGGUAUCAUGACAGUUGGUCCAACAGGUGGUGGGAAAACCACUGUUUUAAAAAUACUUAGCAAAACAUUAACAGAGCUUUAUAAUAAUAAAGUGAAAGAACAGUAUUAUAGACCAGUGAAAGUAUACCAAUUAAAUCCUAAAGCUAUUACUAUGGCUGAACUUUACGGUGAAGUGAAUAUCUUAACAAUGGAAUGGAAAGAUGGAUUACUUGGAAAAUUUGUUAGAGAAACUAUUAAAAUAACGAAGGAAGAGUUUCAAUGGGUAGUGUGUGACGGUCCUGUAGAUGCAAUAUGGAUCGAAAAUCUUAACACCGUGCUUGAUGACAAUAAAAUGUUAUGUUUGGCAAAUUCAGAACGUAUAAAAUUGAGUUCAUGGGUUAGAAUGAUUUUUGAAGUUGGUGAUUUAUCACAAGCGUCACCUGCUACAGUCAGUAGGUGUGGAAUGGUUUAUAUAGAUCCAAAUGAAUUAGGGUGGCUACCUUAUGUUCGUUCGUGGGUAAAUAAAUUGAAAAAUAAUGUCAUUAUGAAUAACAUAGAACUAAAGAAUUAUCUGUUGGUGUUAAUCGAAACUCACAUAAAUGAAGGCUUUUUGUUUAUUGACAAACACUGUUUGGCUCCAAUUAAACAGGCCAAAAUUAGUAAAGCAACAAUGAUGUGUGCAAUUCUCGAAUCCCUUUUAAAUGAUCCUGAUAGUUUUGAUGCGGAGACAGAAAAUAAAAAAGUUAAAGAAUACAUUUGCCAGUCCUUCAUAUUUUCAUAUCUGUGGUCUUUGGGAUCAAAUUUAAUUGAUUCUUCUCAGAUUAAAUUCGAGGAGUUGGUUUUCAAUCAAUUCAAAGACAAUACCGAUGCUAAUAUAUCGUCCGAAAUUAAAUUAUUAAAUGUAUACCUGCACACAGUUAAUAAAACAUUUGAAAAUUGGAGUUCUAUUGUUCCCGGUUUUGAGUACAAUAAAGACACUCCCUAUUUUGAGUUGUUAGUACCAACAGUAGAUAGUAUUCGAUACUCCUAUGUUAUGCAAAAACUAAUUCAAAUGAACCAACCAGUGAUGAUAACUGGAGUAUCAGGGGUUGGUAAGACGUCGGUAGCCAAUUUCGUUAUGCAAAAUCUAACAAAGACAAAUGAUUGGGUCACUGCGAUGAUUAAUUUUUCGGCACAAACCAGUAGUAAUAGAACACAAGAAAUAUUGGAAUCGAAGUUGGAAAAGAAAAAACGAAAUCACUAUGGUGCACCGGGAAAUAAGCGAUUAGCUAUUUUUAUUGACGAUGUCAACAUGCCCAAACCAGAAGUAUUUGGAGCUCAACCUCCUAUUGAAUUACUAAGGCAGCUCAUAGACAGUGGUGGCUUUUAUGACCGAGAAAAAUUAAGUUGGAAAAACAUAUCUGAUGUUAUUUUAUGCACGAUAUGUGCACCCCCAGGAGGAGGUAGAAAUCCAUUAACUUCAAGAUUCACUAGGCAUUUUUCUAUGAUAUUCAUUCCCACGACGAGUGAAAACGCUAUGAGAACUAUAUUUACAUCAAUUUUAGAUGGUUUUCUUGUAGAGUUUCCACAAAAAAUUGCUAAUUUGAGCAUAGCCAUUGUACAAGCUAGUAUAGCAGUUUAUUCGCAUAUAUCAGAACAUCUGCUACCAACUCCAGCAAAGUCCCAUUACGUAUUCAAUCUCAGAGAUUUGUCGAAAACCAUACAAGGAAUUUUGCAAACCGAUAUCACAUCAAUACCAAAUCCGUCAAAUUUAUAUAGAUUAUGGUAUCACGAAACAUUACGUAUAUAUCACGAUCGUUUAGUUUGCCAGGAAGAUAGAUUAUAUUUUCACAAACUUCUUAAAGAUAUAUGCACACAAUAUUUUGAUAAUUUUGAGUUGGAAUUUUCUACAACUGACAACAAUUCAACACGGCCUCCAAUAUUGUUAUUUGGUGAUUUUAUGCUUCCAGUUUUAAAAGAAGAAAGGAUUUACGAAGAAAUAAUAAACAUUGAAAAAUUAAAAAUAGUAUUGAUAGAAAAUUUAAUGGAUUUUAAUAUGGUUUAUUAUAAAGACUUGCAAAUCAUAUUUUUUAUGGAUGCAAUUGAGCACAUUACACGAAUUGCUAGAAUAUUGAGAUCUGAAAGAGGAAAUGCUUUACUUGUAGGACUAAGUGGAAUGGGCAAACAAUCAUUGACUAAACUAGCUUCACAUCUUAACACUUACAAAUGUUUUCAAAUUGAACUAACAAAAACAUAUGACUAUACUACUUUCCAUGAAGAUUUAGUGAAUCUAUAUUAUAAAACUGGAGCUGAAUUUGAAGACACUACAUUUUUAUUCACUGAUAAUCAAAUAAUAAAAGAGGAAUUUUUAGAGGAUAUAAAUAAUAUUCUAAGUUCAGGGGAAGUACCAAAUUUAUUCAAGCUUGAGGAUUUAGAAAAAGUUCUGACAGCUUGUCGACCUGCAGCCAUUGAUUCAGGGAUCGAUAGUAACAACCGAGAUGCUAUUUUUAAAUUUUUUAUACAACGAGUACGUUCAAAACUCCAUCUUGUUAUAUCUAUGAGUCCAAUUGGUGAUUCAUUUAGACGAAGAUGUCGUUUAUUUCCUUCGUUAGUAAAUAACUCGACUAUAGACUGGUUUGAUGAUUGGCCAACCGAAGCUCUUUUAUCCGUAGCUAAUAAAAGCUUAGAGAGGUUUAAACAAUCAAAAGAUUCCAGUAUCGUUAAUAAUCUAGCAAAAGUUUGUAAUAAUAUGCAUGAAAUAGUUAGUCUGUCAACAAAAUUGUUUUAUGAACAAAUGAAACGAUAUUACUAUGUAACACCGAAAAGUUAUUUGGAAUUUUUAAAACUAUACUUACAAAUGCAUGAACAUCAAACCAAUAAAAUACAAAAUGAUUCAGACAGAAUAUCAAAUGGAUUGCACAAAUUAUAUGAAACUUAUGGUACGAUCGAAGACAUGAAAAUCACAUUAAAAGCCAUGGAACCAGAAUUAUUAGAAAAAAAUACAGCUACGCUUAAAUUAAUGGAUGGUUUAGUAAUAGAAAAGGCAAGCGUCGAUAAAGUUCGUAAAGUAGUGGUUGCAGAAGAAGAAGAAGCCAAAAUAAAAGCGGCUGCUGCACAAGAAAUAGCGGAAGACGCCCAAAAAGAUUUAAUAUUAGCAAUGCCAGCCAUGGAAGCUGCUAAGAAAGCAUUAAAUGCCUUAAAGAAAAAUGAUAUUAUUGAGCUUAGAGUAUUCAAUAAGCCUCCAAAACUUGUACAAACCGUGAUGGAAGCCGUAUGCUUAUUAUUGGAGAAAAAACCUGAUUGGGCUUCUGCCAAAAUGGUAUUAGGAGAUGUCAAUUUCCUUAAAACUCUACAGAAUUAUGAUACAGAUAAUAUAUCUGAUAAAAUGAUAAAUCAAAUUACACCUUACAUAGAAAAUCCGGAUUUUAAUCCAAAAAUAGUUGCUACCCAAUCUAAGGUGGCUAAAUCAAUGUGUAUGUGGGUUCGAGCUGUUCAUAGUUAUUCCUUAGUAUAUCGAAUAGUUGAACCAAAAAUAAGAAAACAAAAAGAAGCCGAACAGGAACUAAAUAUCGUACUAACAGAACUUAAGACAAAGCAAGAAAUGUUAGCUGAAGUCGAAGAACGCCUACAAAAACUAGAAAAUACUUAUAAUGAAAACGUUUUGGAAAAAAGCAAACUGGAAGCAAAUAUAAAUAGAACGCAAGCACGGUUAGGACGAUCUGAUUUACUUGUUGCUGCUUUGAGUGAUGAACAAAAAAGAUGGGAAAAUAAUAUUAAAAUGUUAUCCCAACUUCUGUUAACCGUUACUGGUGACACUUUAGUAGCUGCAGGGAGUGUUAAUUACUUAGGACCUUUUACAGAUUCUUUUCGUAAAGAAAUAACUAGGUCGUGGCUUCAGCAAUUAGCACAACACAGUAUAAAGUUUUCUUCGAAUUAUUCAUUGAGCUCUAUACUAAUAGAUUCAUUUGAAUUACGGUCAUGGAAUAUUUGCGGUCUCCCCAGAGAUUCAGUAUCAACGGACAGUGCGAUAAUAGUUACCAGAGCAAGUCGGAGACCUCUGAUGAUAGAUCCCCAAGAACAGGCAUACAGGUGGAUUAAACUAUUAGAAGCUGACAAUUCACUAAGAUUAUGCAAAAGUACAGAUUCAGACAUAAUGAAUGUAAUUGUUAAUGCAAUAAGACUAGGGUACCCAGUUUUGAUCGAAGGUUUAGAAGAAGACAUUGAUCCUACACUGAGACCCGUAUUGGAAAAUAAUAUAUUCAUACAAGGCGGUCGACCUCUGAUGCGCGUAGGUAAUACCGAUAUAGAAUAUGAUGAUCAGUUCAGAUUAUAUAUGACAACCAAAUUGGCAAAUCCGCAUUAUUUACCAGAUAUUUGUAUCCAAGUCACAUUGGUAAACUUUACGGUAACACCAUCAGGAUUAGAAGACCAAUUAUUGGUAGAUGUUGUGCGAUUAGAAAGACCUGAUUUAGAAGAAAAACGGACUCAAACUAUUGUUAGUAUUAACACUGACAACAACUUAUUGAAGGAAAUGGAAGAUAAAACAUUGAGAAUGUUGAAUAUGGCAAAAGGAAACAUAUUAGAUGAUGAAGAGCUUAUUGAGACACUUAACAACAGCAAGGAAACAUCAAUAACUAUCGCUGGACGAUUAAUCGACGCAGAGGAAACCGAACAAAGAACUAGUAUCGAACGAGAGCGUUAUCGUGCGGUUGCAAAUCGGGGUUCAUGCCUUUACUUUGUUGUAGCACAACUGUCUGAAAUUGACACAAUGUACCAAUUUUCUUUAAAUUACUUCAAUUCCAUAUUUUGUAAUGUGAUUGAAAACAGUCCUAAAAAUGUUAAAAUUGACAUGAAAAUAGUAAACAUGAUUAAUGAUAUAACCAUGGAUGUGUAUACAAAUAUUUCUAGAGGCUUAUUUGAACGCCAUAAAUUGGUAUUUACUUUCUUGGUCAGUGUACACAUAAAUUUGCAAGCCGGUAAAAUUACAAAUUCACAAUGGAAUUUUGUGCUACGCGGACCAGUCGGAUCAUCUAAACGAGUUAUUACAGAAAAGCCCCCGGUAGUCGCAUUGACCGAAGAAAUGUGGAAAUGUGUGAACUAUAUGUCAGAAGUGUUUCCCAAAUUUAAAAAUCUCCCCGCAAACUGCACCAAGAUGAUGAAAAUUGAACUAGGUGACUUUAUCCAACACAUUCAAUUGGACCUUGAGAACAAUGACACGGUGGUAAACUGGAACCCUGAGCUAAGCUCGUUUGAAAAAAUUAUGGUUAUUAAAGCAUUCAAAGAGGAAAAAUUAAUUUUCGCAAUCAGUAACUACGUGAUCACUGAACUUGGGAAAUCGUUUAUCGAAAGUCCAGGAGUUUCGAUUAAUUUAUUAUACAAAGAUAUAUCUUCUACGAUGCCAUUGGUUUUCAUACUUAGUCCAGGCUCAGAUCCAUUUAUAGCAUUCCAAAAGUUUGCUGUGGAAUUAGGGAUGUCAGAUAAAUUACAUGCAAUAUCAUUGGGCCAGGGUCAAGGACCUAGUGCAGAAAAACUAAUUAGAGAAGGCAAAAAAAAAGGAGACUGGAUUUUCUUACAAAACUGUCAUUUAGCAUCUUCGUGGAUGCUUCAAAUGGAAAAUUUAGUUCGAGAAUUGAUAGAAAAUUCGGCAAAAGUCAACAAAAAUUUCAGACUGUUUUUCAGCUCAAUGCCAUCAAAAAGUUUUCCUACUUUCGUACUACAAAAUUCGUUAAAAGUUACAAAUGAAUCACCAAAAGGUUUAAAAGCAAAUCUAAAAAAAUCAUUUGUUGACAUGAACAUCAAUUUCUUUCAAGAUAAUGUUUUUAAAUCUGAUUGGAGAAAAAUGGUCUUUGGGCUGUGUUUUUUCCACGCCAUCAUUUUGGAAAGAAAGAAAUUUGGAUCACUCGGUUGGAACAUAUCAUAUUCAUUUACCGAUAGUGACCGUGAAUGUGCAAUGCUAUUAUUACAUAUGUACUGUUCAACUGCGAAUGCAAUACCUUGGGAUGCCUUGCAAUAUAUCACUGGCGAGAUAAACUAUGGUGGCAGAGUAACUGAUUCUUGGGAUCAACGAACUUUGAAAUCGGUGCUUUGGAAUUUCUUUGGUCCACAUACUCUUGAGUCAAACUAUCAAUACUCGAAAUCGGGUAUUUAUUUUUGUCCGGAAUCAAUAAACUGUACCACUAUCGACGACUAUCUAAUAUUUAUUGAUCAAUUACCAUUAGUCGAGGAGCCAGAAAUAUUCGGAAUGCAUGAAAAUGCCAACAUUGCAUAUCAAGCUAAAGAGACCCAUGAUAUCCUGUCAACAAUCCUUGAGGCGUAUCCGAAAUCACAAACAGAUAAUGCUGGCAAAUCCGAUGAUGAAAUUGUUUUGGAAAUGAUCAUUGAUAUUUCCGGGCGACUCAUGAAAACUAUAAACAUCGAUCACGCACAUUUCACAAUAAUGGAAACGGACGACAAGGGACGAUUACCUUCAUUAUCUACAGUUCUAUUACAAGAGAUCGAACGUUUUAACAAAUUACUUGACGUAUUACAUAAUUCACUGAACGAUUUACGUAAAGCUAUCAAAGGACUUGUGGUUAUGUCUGCUGAAUUAGAAGGAGUUUACUUAUCGUUUAUGAAUAAUAGUUUACCAAAACUAUGGAUUAAAAAAGCAUAUCCUUCAUUGAAGACUUUGGGUAGUUGGGUUAAAGAUCUAAUACUAAGAUUAGACUUCAUUGAUAUGUGGAUGAAGUUUGGAAGCCCGCCUUCUUACUGGAUAUCUGGUUUAUAUUUUCCUCAAGGUUUUAUGACUGGAUGUUUACAAAGACAUGCCAGAAAAUACAGCAUACCCAUCGACACUUUAAAAGUCGAUUUUGAGCUUACCAGUACCGUGUUGGUUCAAGAAGAAAUCGCCGAUGUACAUGCAGUUAGCUUGAAAGAGGAUUAUUCCGCUUACAAGGGUCUAAUAAAACAAAAUGACGGAGUUUACGUACACGGACUGUUCUUGGAUGCCGGUCGUAUUGACAUGGAAACCAAUCGUCUCGUGGAUCCUAUUCCUGGAGACAUGUAUCCUCCGCUGCCUGUUAUACGACUAGUGCCAACCGUAAAAUUAGAUGAAAAUGAUCUACGAUAUAAUUGUCCUCUAUAUAAAACUUCUAUCAGAGCCGGGGUUCUUUCAACUACUGGACAUAGUACUAAUUUCAUAAUAUCUGUUUUAUUACCCACAGAUUUCCCGGAAAACUAUUGGAUCCUCAAAGGAACCGCUCUUAUCACUCAAAUAACAAAUUAA